AGAAGAAACUUUGCAGGGCCCAAAUCAAAACCGCCUGCGCCCCGUGUACUCGCCGCCGCCCUAUCCUCUUCCACCUCCUCGCUCUCCCCCUACAAGCAACCCUAAUCCAUGGACACGGACCCGCCGCAAGCUCCUUCCCGCGAAUAGGUUGGGGAUUCAAUCGAGGCUGCGCGGGAAUCGGUCGUGCUCGAGAUCUCAACCCCCACACCUGAAAUCUCGCAGUUGUUUUGCGGUGUAGGUGAUGAGAUCUUGGGGAGCGCGCCUCGCUCGGUCCUAAGAUGCUGGCUGGCUACGGCGGUGGUGGCCGCGGCGUCCAUCUCUCCUCCCACAAGGACCUCCGCCUCGGCCGCGGCGGCCGGAGCUUCCUCUUCGGCAACACGUGGUUCCUUCUCUCCACCUACCCGGCGCGCCUCCUGCACACCACGGACCGCCGCGCGCCGGCUGCCUUCUUCGCGGCGAUCAACCGGGCCCCUUGCGUCCGCUCGCACUACGCGGGCCAGGGUCUGCUGCAGAGAGGUGGCAUUGUCAUGGCUGCCUGUGGCUAUGCUCUUCGGCGAGCUGAGCUGGGUGCCACCAAGUGCCAACCGGACAAGGAUCCAUCUCCAGGGACACGCACAUCGCGUAUUGUGGCCAUGGGAUCGGUGGGGAGCGCACCUCGGUCAGAUGUCACUUUCAGGUAUAGAGGGGUGGAGUCUUGUAAGAAGAUUGGUGCAAGCUUGAAGUGCCGUGAGCCCUGGGGGAAUAGGUCAUUCUGGACAAAUGUGGUUGGGCCAAGUUGGAAAUUGAGCUUUGCAGUUGAGCCAUGGGCUAGGGACUUCAGCUCAUCAUGUGUGGCACCAUAUUCUGCUGGAGCCACAGAGCAUCAAUUGUCACUCGAUGAGAAGAUGGAUAACUCAACCGUCGCAUCUGAUGGAAAGGCACCUACUUCUGAAAAUUUGAAGCUGGUCUCAGGCUCUUGUUACUUGCCUCACCCUGCCAAGGAGGCAACUGGCGGUGAGGAUGCUCAUUUUAUUAGCACUGAUGAGCAUGUGAUUGGCGUAGCAGAUGGUGUUGGUGGUUGGGCAGAUCUUGGUGUUGAUGCUGGACUGUACGCUAAGGAGCUCAUGAGAAAUUCUGUGAGUGCUAUCAAGGAUGAGCCAGAAGGGACCAUUGAUCCAUCAAGAGUUUUGGAAAAGGCUUAUACAGGCACCAAAGCAAGGGGAUCAUCUACUGCUUGUAUCAUCACUCUUAAAAAUCAGGGUAUCCACGCCGUGAAUCUUGGGGACAGUGGCUUCGUAGUAGUCAGAGAUGGUCGCACUGUUCUUAGAUCACCUUCACAGCAACAUGAUUUCAAUUUUACUUAUCAGCUCGAGAGUGGGGGUGGCAGUGAUCUUCCAAGUUCUGCUCAGGUAUUUCACUUUCCAGUUGCUCCUGGCGAUGUUAUUGUUGCUGGCACGGACGGGCUUUUUGACAAUUUAUACAACAAUGAGAUUAGUGGUGUUAUUGUUGAAGCUCUCAGGGUUGGACUUGAACCCCAAGUUGCAGCACAGAAAAUUGCUGCCCUUGCUCGGCAAAGAGCGACAGACAAGAAUAGGCAAUCACCAUUUGCAGCAGCUGCUCAAGAAGCUGGGUACCGGUACUACGGUGGAAAACUUGACGAUAUCACAGUCGUGGUCUCAUAUGUGAAGAGCGCCUGAGCCACAUGAUGUGAGCCUUUCCUUUGGAUGUAAUGUACAUAAAUCUUGUCCCGAACUUAUGGCGCGUGUAUGCACCGGGGCGUAGAAGCUUAUUAGAAGGUGUGAAAUCCCCUGAUCCCAGAAACACUUGUGCUGGAUUUAGCAUGGUUGCGCUUUAGCCCUGGAAGAUGUUAGAAAACCAUUAUGCCAUUUUACUCGUCAUUGCUGCGUGGAAAAGAUAAUUCUCUGAAACCUGGGUGGGUUCCUUUUCCUCUUGGAGGGAGGAUAACAAACCUGCUGGAAACAAAUUUUGUUGUAAACAGCGUCGAAUGAUAGUUAUAGUGUUUUGACUGUUUGUGUGCA